AUGAGCAGGUUGCACCCUGAUCCAUUGGUGGCUGUGGGCGACAUUCAGCAGGCAAUCAUUGACUUUUUGCAAGAGAAGGGCUGCAAUGAUUUGGGGCUUCUUCUGAAGGCACCCAGUGGGAAGAUGACUUGGAAGAGUGCACCCCAGGAGGAUUGGCUGGGUGGUUCUAUAGCAGCACUGGUGAAAAGGCUUCUGAAGAUAAGCCCUAUUUGCGUCAACACAGAAUGGAAGAGAUGCAACUACAGCAAGCAACAUGACAAUGAUUGGGUGGACCAGAUGGAUGAGCAAAUACGCAUUGCCUGCCAUCAAUAUCGAUGCUUGAAGAAGGACCCCUUGAGCCAGAAGAGAUUCUUCAAGAAAGCUUCUGUCAGUGAAGCGGAACAGGCUGGCCUUGUACCAGCCUUGCUUGCAGAUGAGCAUGAGGAGUUGGCCCAGUGGCUGUUGGAGAGCAUUACACCACCACCUAGGAAGAAGCCAGCAGCCAAGAAGGCAAAAGCAAAAAAAAGGGCAAACAUCAAAAAGAAGGAAGCAGCUUCAGAGAAAGCUGCCACACUGAAGUGCAGCUUCAAGCAUCGAAAGACCUCUUCAGCUUACAACAAGGCCAAAGCAGAUGCCAUCAAAGCAGGGUUGUCACCCAAUUCAGUGAAAGAAAGAGCCAGAUCAGCCCUGAGGCAAAUGGCAGCUGACAUCGACAGAGUGCUUUGUGGAAAUGGUCUGCGUGUACAGUCCAAAGUGGCUUUAAUUUCGUUGACCCUCUGUCGGUGCAAGCCGGCCCGCGCCAAUGCAAAAACCCUCCCUGAAUUGAUCCAUGGAACCGACACCUCUUUGGAAGUGGUUCUGCUGAAGCCGAAGACACCCAGCCAGUCCAGCAAGAACAUGAAGUUGGUGUCGCCCCUCAGCCCCUUUCCAGUGACGCCCUUCUUGUCCACAUCAACGAAGCUGAAAGUGCAUGGCAUCUUAGCAGCAGAAUUCUCGAAUAGGUACCAUUGUAAAUAUCUCUCUCGUGAACCCAACGAGGAUGGCAUCAAGGACACGACGCCCAAGACCGGUGCGGGUGGCAAAUCGGUGAAGCUGAAGACCAAUUGCUUCAGGAUUGUCUUCGACACGGGCGAAUUUCUCCACCGCUACGUCUAUGAAUUGCCGGAGGGCGCGAGUCAAGAAAAGGAGAUCAUGUUCUUCGAGCAGGCGUGGAGCGGCAUCAAAGCGCAGUUGGAGCACUUCGUGAUCCGCUGCCCCGGCUAUAUUUUCUCGCCAACGAUGGUGGGGGAUUUCACGGUGAAGCUGCCGUCAGGAGAAGAAAUGAAGAUCAAGUAUGUGUCCAAACUACCCACCGAGCAGUUAAACCUGGGGAAGCUGGGACCCUCCGCAGUCGUGGGGCAGCACGUUGCCUCGAAGCUGGCCGAGCCCUUCAAGAACCAAAAGUUGGGGAAGCGCUACUACAACAAUUGUCCGCAGGCCGCGAAGGGGGUGUUGGCCUGCCUUUCAGGCUUUUCGGUGGCCAGCGUGACGAACGCCUGCUCCUCUGGAGUCCUCCUGCAGCUGGAUGCGGUCCACCGGCCGUUGGGCCUGAAGAGCGUCACGGAUGCGCUGUACGAAGCGUGCCAAGCCUUCGAGAGUGACGUGUGGGCCUACCGGCGGGAUCCAGCCGUAGCUGAUGAGUGGGAACGUUAUUGCGUGGAUUCCACGGUGGUGACCCAGUACAAUAGCCGAGUCUACAGGAUCAAAGCUGUCCACUUCGACAAGUCGCCCCACGACGAGUUCUCGAUGUUCGUGCGAGACCGCAAGGAGUACACCAAGAUCUCCUUCCUGAAGUACUUUGAAGCCUUCUACCAGAUUGGCCCGGCACAUCCGACGCAGCCCUUGCUGGAAGCCUACCCCGAAAAGGUGGGGGAGACGGUCUACCUCUUGCCGGAGUUGUGUGUGCCCACAGGUGUGACGGACGAGAUGCGCAAGGAGAAGAACGUCAUGACGGAGGCCAUGAAGAACAUGAAGGCCUCGCCCCAGGACCGGCUGGCAGCGAUCAAGGCGCAUGCGACUGAGAUGCGGCAAGAUGCGCGGCCCACGAAUCCGACCAAGUCCUUCGUUGUGCACCAGCCUUGGAAGUGCAAUGUGGAAGCAGAGCCGGUGGAGGUGAGGGCACGAGUCCUGGACCCACUCCAGGUGGUGUUCCAGGAAAAGAAGGUCUACCCCGUGGAGGAUGGAAACUUCACCAAGCUCCUGCGAAACGGCUUGCAGUGUGCCGUGAAGCUGGACGACUGGAGCCUCAUGUACCCCAGCUCGGACGAGAGCGUCCUGGAUAUUUGGUUGCGAUCGCUCAAGGACAUAGUUGGGGUGGCCCAGGAAUGCCACCUUUUCGUCCGUCGACUGGUGGGUGUUGGCAUGUUUGACAGCAUUUUUCGGGGUACACUGCCCCAGCCCUGA